AUGCAUGGUUUUGGAAGCAGGGUAUCUAACUUGUUGGUUAAAAUGUCUAAGAUCGUUCUUCAUGAACAUAUUCGGGUCGAUGUGUUACAAGACUGCUCAUCGUCAUCAUUGCAGUCGGUACAGACAUGGUUGGGUAUUUAUCGACUGUUAGGUUGGGAAAUCCAUAAUGUUAUUGGCGUGGCCGACAUUUCAAUUGGACAUAAUUCUGUUCAUAAAUUGUAUGAUUUAAGGACACCCUCCAUCGUUAUUGAACCCACCCAGCUUACUAGCCUUGGCCAGGAAUAUUUAGACAAGCUUUACAAUCCUGUAGGCUUCAUAGAGCUUGCAAAGCGUUGUCGUAUCCGGACAGAGGGCCAACUAUUGAUUUUGAAGAUAGAAGCGCGGAAAAGGAGCGAGGGGGAAGAGCUAUACGUUUCAUUAUCUCGCGAAGAUGAUCCCUUAUUUUUUUAUUAUCGUUGUGUUAGGAAGAGUGACUACGAUCGCAUGAGAAGAGAGCAAAAUCUUGAUUCCGAGUUUAACGAGUUUCCUGCCGUUAUACAUGAGUUCCUUACAGACAUUAAAGACAGCAAUGAAUCACGACUUCAGGGGAGUUUCAGCAACGAGAAAACCAGAUUCAGGUAUGAAUAA